AUGAAAACAAUUAUUUUAUUAAUCCUUUGUAUCUACAUGAUACACAACAUUGAAGCAAAAUGUAGAUAUGAUUUUUGUAAAAAAGCAAAUGAAGUUUGUAAAGAUGAUACAGAAUGUCCAUUCCAACAUUAUUGUACACCAAGUGGCAAAGAUUUGGAACAAACUUGUCAACCAUAUGUAGAUCUCAAUGGACCAUGUGAUGGAAAUGCAGGAGACAUCACCAAGACUAAACGUUGCUUUGCUGACUUGGGUUGUUACAGAAACAUUCGUUCCGAUCAACAAAACGCUGUUACUUUUGGUAGUUGUAGACAGCUCCAAUUUGCCGUUGCUGGAGAGGCUUGCGUGUCUGACUUGGAAUGUGCCAACAAUCUCAAAUGUAGAGACGACGUUUGUUCACUUGUCAGACCAGACAAAUGUGACGACAAUAACGAUUGCCCAUACGGUCAACAAUGUAGCUCACAAGCCUGCGUUGCCAUUUCACCAUCAAUGGACUGUAGAGAAGAUGGGGAUUGUGCCGUCGGUGAUGUAUGUAGCGGUAUGAUUUGUGUUGCCGCAUUUUCCAAGAAUGCAGGUGAUGCCUGUAGCAGUCAACCAUUGACUUCGAUUACCCAAUUCGAUGGAAAGAUUCCCUUGACAGAUUGCAACAUUGCCAACAAUUUACAGUGUGAUCCUGCUUCUGACAAAUGUGCUGUAAUAUCUAGAUCUAGCAGUACUGCCUCCUGUGGAGAUACAAGUUGUUUGAGUGGAGAGACAUGUGUUUGUGCUUCCACUGCUGGUGCCACUGCUGGUACUUGCCAACCAAAUAUUCUCUACUCGGCUGCUUGCAAGGAAAGUAUCACCCAAUUGAUUCAAUGCGCCAAGGACAACAAAUGCAAGGCUGAUAUUGGUAACCCAUCUUCUGGUUCUUGUCUCUACAAGCAUUGUCGUGACCUCAUCUGUGGAUCCAAGUGUAUCGGCCCUGCUCUUCAAUUCCGUGAUGCUGGCUCUUGUGGAAAUAAUACUAGUCCAUUCACCUCUUGCCGUACCAUCGUCCCUCACAGUGCUUCCUCGGUCAUUGUCAUCCCAUCCACUUUGGUUCUUUUGGCCAUUCUUGCUUUACUCUUAGAAGAGUUCCAUCCAUACAAAGUGAAAUCUCUCUUUAUGUUUAUAGAAAAAAAGAAAAUAAAAUCAAAUACCAUGGAAGAUGAGAUAAGUUUAGAGGUUAGAAUACAAUCAAAAGUCCCAUAA